CCGUGCCCGUCAGGGUGACCCAGAGGCCCCAGGACCAAGAGCCAAAUGCCAGCAAGGCGUCGCACAAUGGAAGUGCACAGGAUAUCAAAUUGUAUAACCCACUUGGAGGUUUGCAGGCAAAUAUCAGAGAGGCAUGGUCCAAGGAACAGGAAGUGGAGAAAGGUAUUAAAAGUUUGACCUACAUUGAAAGAUUGAAGGAGCGUGUAAAGAAAGUGAAAAUACCAGAGCUCAGGAGAGCCCCAUGCAGCUCUCCAGAUCUUGUGCCUGAGAGGAAGAGAACGAUGCCCACGAACUCUGCCAAAUUCUUCCAGAGACUUUCCAGGACUGUUUCCCAACGACCCAUCAGAGACAGGGUGAUUCAUUUACUGGCUCUGAAGAAUUACAAGAAGCCAGAGCUACUUUCCCACUUAGAGAGAGAGGGAGUUGUGGAAAAGGACAAGGAAUCUCUUGGAAAGAUCCUUCAGGAGGUAGCCAACCUGGAUGCAAAUGAGAAUUCUUUCAGCUUGAAGGAACAUUUCUUUAAAGACAUUCAGGAAGAUUGGCCUGGCUACACUGAAAGAGAUAGACAGACAUUGGAGGUGACCCUUUCUCAAAAACCAACUCCAUCUCAGAAUGCCACCAGCACCAGCCAGUCACCAUCUCUGGGACCUUCUGAAGGAGAUACUCCACGCAGAACUGCUCAGAAACGGCCUCUGGCUUUUGACUUUCUCAAUCCUGUGAUGGGCAAGAAGCAGAAAAUUGACCAGGAGCCCAGUGAUGUCCAGCCAGCAGCUGGUGGCCACUCUCCUUCUUUCUUGGACCUGCCUUCCACAUCCUGUUCAAUUUUGAAGCUGUCUCCAAGUGUCAGAUUGAUUUCCACUUCCACCCCUGAAAAACAACAGAAGAAUAAGGUUCAGACACAUUCUGGAUUCCCAGUGUCUGCCAGGGUGCAGGGGAAGACUCCCAAGUCCGAGGGAGAAGAAGCAGAGGUCAGAGGAGCCCAACAGAACAAUCCAUGUCCUGUGCCUGGGAAGAAGAGGAUGGUGCCUGUGAGACUUGCAGACAUCGACUGGAGCGGCUGCGCUGCUGUUUACGUAUUAAGUUUUGUUUCGUCGGGCCAGGGUUUUAUGAGCCUUUAA